CACACUCUCCACUGGACUUCGGUUUUGUUUGAAGUCAUUCAAUAAAUGGACAAAAUAUGAAUCCGUGUGUUAUUUAAUGAAUGAGUUAAUGAGUAGGUGUUGUCAACCCUGGAUUAAAUCAAAACCCAACACAGCUCAUGGAGACAAAGCCUUAAUCUCACGAAUCUCUCGACUGCCAAAUGAAGCGAUUAAACGAAAUAAUAGUCCCACAACUCAUCGGAGUUAUAAAAAUCUUAAUAAUAACAGUAGUAAUACCAACAAUCAUCAUAAUCAUCAUAAAUCGUCAUAUGUUUCGUCAUUAUAUUUAAACUCAAUGUCUAAUAUGUAUUCACACGUCUUAGUACUGCUUCUCAUCAUUUCCUUCAUAUUUAGGAUAACAGAAGCCUGUUCCUCGCGGUCAACUCCCAAACCUCGACCACCUUCGCCCACAACGCGGCCAAACAUCACAUUCCAAACGUACGCCUGUCCUGAAGCCUACGCAAAGUGGUAUUGUCUGAACGGCGCGACCUGUUUCUCAGUCAGGAUCGGGGAGUCUAUACUUUACAAUUGCGAAUGUGCCGAUGGAUAUAUGGGACAGAGAUGUGAGUUCAAGGACUUAGACGGCUCUUAUCUCCCGUCGAGAGAGAAAGUAUUAGUGGAAACGGCGAGUAUAGCCGGAGGUGUGACCGUCGCUGUCCUACUAAUGGUUUUUAUUUCCAUAUUUUAUUACAAUUAUCUCAGGCACCGGAAAAAGGAGAGCCGACUGUCCACGAGAAGUGUUGAGCUAAAUAUGGAUCAAAUCAACAGAAGGCCAUUCGGUAGAGUUCACUCACUCAGGAGCGCCUCCACCACCAGAAAUGUCUUAUAUAGUUAUGACGAAGACUUUCGCAGAAUCCAAGAAACAAAGCGAUUACAAGACCCGGAAUGCGGUGACAACUCAUUGGUUCCAUACGUUUUCAAACCAAAAAUAGUGAUCAAAAUCACGACAAAUGAGAAGAAAUAG